AUGGACGACCUCGCGCCCCCCAGCAAAUACGUCACCCUCGUCUCCGGCGACGGAUUCGAGUUUGUCGUGCUGCGCGAGGCUGCCAUGGUGAGCCCCAUCAUCAAGGGCAUGCUGGAUCCGAGGAGUCAGUUCGUCGAGGCUCAGCACGCCCGAUGCGUAUUCCAAGAGAUGAGCGGAACGGUCCUCGACAAAGUUGUCGAGUACUUUCACUACUGGUACCGCUACAAGGACAGCGAAGACGUGCCCGACAUGGACAUUCCCGUCGAGCUGUGUCUCGAGUUGCUGGCCGCAGCCGAUUACCUGGGCUUGGAUCAGUAA